GCAGAAACCCUCCUGGACUGCGGUGAACAUAGAGCAUAGGAAACCCUAGGACUGGGAUUAAGCCAGAGAAAGCUGAAAGGGAAAAAGAAAACAAUGGCAAAGUCGCUGAGAUCGAAAAGAGAGAAGAGGCUGAGAGCCAUAAGGAGGGAGAUCGUGGAGCCCUUCUACCAGAAGAAAGAUGAUGCCAAGCUGGCCGCCCAAGAAGCUGCCCUGACUGCUCCUAAGAUGCCCGUCCUUGGCCCAACCCCAGCCUCUACUUCUUCUACUGGUAUGCAAGUAGAAGAACAAGUAGCCGCACCCAAUUCAACAACAGCCAAUUUCAAUCUCAUGGAAGUGGAGAUGGCUGACAAUGAUCAAAGCAAGGCCAAGGCCUCCUUGAAACCUGCCGGCGGAAUAGGGAAGAAGUCUAAAAAGAAGUUAAAACUCAGCAAAAAGAAGCGCCAUGGCAAGGGCAAGAUUAGGGGGAAACGUAAUCUUUGACUCUCUACAGUCGACACCCGCUGUUUAUGUUUUCUUUUUGUUGGCUUUUUCCCCUUUCUAUGUUGUACUCAGCUUUUUUCACUUGGAAUUGAAUUGCUAAUGCCUUAGCUUAUUGGCAGUAGGAGUUCAUCCAUGGUUGUCUUCCAUUUUGCAAGUUUAGUUUAGUUUACUCAA